AUGCGCCAGCCCCGAAGAGAUUUCGCUAAUGUCGUGCUACCUGAUAAUCCUCCUCCGGCUGUCCCUCGUAAAUCCAGCAGGCGGCGAUUGGCAGCCAGGACGACUGUUGAAGCCAACCGUCUACCGCGAGACCAUAUCGCUUCACAGCUGAAGCGGAAGUCGUUUCGAACGAGCAGAACAUUGACACUUAUGAUUCCGCAAUACAAGCGUUCCAGUGUGGAUCUGGUGUUUUCUCCGCAAGCCGUUUCUACCAAGAUUACCAAACCGCCGAUUACGUCUGAUGGAGCUGAGAAGGUCAUACUCAACAUCUUCCAGCAUCUAGAUCACUUCAACGAUCUAUUCUCCGCGGCCUCUAUCAACAGAGGCUUCUAUCGUGUGUUUAAACGACAUGAACUCGAUCUCAUCAAAUCUACCUUGCGGAAGAUGUCACCGCCAGCCUGGGAGUUCAGAGAGAUCGCCUUCCCUGGACACGAACUUCUACUUGCAGCAGACUUUGAGACGACACGACCUGCAGAGGAAUACACCCCCACGUCGUAUCUCAAGCUCCAGAAGCGAGAUAUUCAGGUCGUCCGCACAAUCAAGUUGGAGAUUAUGGAGAAAUGCCAGUCCUUCGUACGACCGGAAAUAUCAGCUGCGCUCAUGAGCGCCUGCCCAGCCGAGUCUGCUAGGGUCGACGAUGCAUUAUGGCGCAUAUGGACAUUUUGUAAGCUAUUUGGCUCGGGAAAAGGGCGUGAAGAGGAUCUUGUUGCGCAGAUGGACUGGCUCAAUGGUGGUAUGCUAGUCCAUCAAGCGACCUGUACCUUCAGCAUGAUGAGCACAGACCUCAUGAGCGACACAUUGGUCGGUGCGCCUGAGUGUUUCGGGCAAGGGAACGAAGGCGGCCUUACCGCCGAGCAGCUCUUCGACAUGAUGGAACUAUGGACCUGUCUUUCAGUCCUGCUACAAAACUUCGAAGGGCGCACUGUUCAAGCCCGACAAGCUGGCAUCUACGACAACACCGACAUUCGGGGUGGCGAUAUUGACGGCGAGGAGAUGAUGCUUGGUUCGUCUAUCCGCUGCAUGAUUCUGCAUCUUACUAACCAGACCAGACGAAUGGAUCUACCACCUCCUCACCUUUGGCCUUGA